ACCAUCUGCAUGCUUUCUACUCCUGCAUGCAAGCUCAGAAUGCCUCUGACGCAUUGAUGUGCAAGAUCUUCCCCUCUACUUUCCGAGGUAAUGCCCGAACUUGGUAUUAUAGUUUACCUCCGAGGUUGAUCAGCUUUUAUACAGAAAUGGCAUCUGCCUUUGCCACUAAGUUUUCCAGUAGAAGGUUGAUUAGGAAAACUACUUCUGAGUUGAUGCGGGUUAAACAGAGGGAUAGAGAAUCUCUGAAGAACUAUAUGAGCAGGUUUAAUGAUGCAGUUUUGGAGGUUAGUUCUUUUGAUCAAGCUGUGGGAAUCGUAGCUGUGAUCGCUGGUCUCAAGCAUGAUAGAUUCAGAGACAGUUUGAUCAAACAUGCUGCCACCACUUUUAGCGAGGUGAACAAUCGGUCUCUUAAAUUCAUAACUGUUGAGGAAUACGCCCUGGCGCAAAAUCCACCUUCCUCUAAGAACCAGAACCCAGAAUGGAGGGAUGACAACCCGAGCCAGAAAAGGAUGAGAAUGGCGCAGAACCGAGGUCAGGAUCAUGGCCAUACUACAGAGCAGUGUAAUAGUCUAAAGUCCGAACUGGAAAGUUUAGCUCAGAAGGGAAUGCUGAAUGAGUAUGUACAGCGCGCCGAACAACCGAGGUUUGUCAGAGAACAGAGGCCGCAGCCUCAAGGAGUCCGCAAUCCCCCAAAUAGGCAAGGCGUGGGCUAUUAACAAACCCCACCCCCACUCCCACCACCAGCUAGAAUCAUACAUAUGAUUACGGGAGACCUUGAAGCAGGUGGACUGAGCUCUAAGCAGCGAAAGCUGUAUGUCAGGGAGGUUAAACAUCAAAACCGAGCUCAGAAGCGGAAGAUUGACGAUGCUGAAUGGAAAAAUCAACCAAUUACUUUCAC